UGCAGCGAGUCCAAAUUGUUCAACUACAGGUACAGCAUGUAUUCACUAUGCGUUGCAGGAAAGGCAGAGGAGGCGCUUAUUCUUUAAAAGAAUCUGUGAAACAUUUUUGUGUGUUGCAAGCCGUACCACCAUUAGCAUAAUGAAACGCCCAUUUUAUUUAAUAAACGAAGAGUUUGGAAGAAAACGAAAGAAUGUGAAGUCACUUCUUUCUGCACGCCGUAGGUUUUGCUUUGUUGAAGUAGCGUUGGUGUUUGGCACGUUGGCAACCUGCUUGAGGUAGAAAGCUAAAUGACGACUGUUUAGUGCCUUGGCGACAACAUGCUGGGCACACUCUUGCUGAUUCUGACGACUGUUUAGUGCCUUGGCGACAACAUGCUGGGCACACUCUUGCUGAUUCUAACUCCCAUAAAUGGGUUGUGCUUGGCUUUCGGCUCGUGGAUGACAUAUUUAAGCUGUUGGAUGUUCAGUAUCUGGGUCCUGAAUUUUUUUUCUGGAAAUUAUUUCUGGAGUGAAGUCUGCGAAUCUGAGCAGAUCUGCACAAAAGAUGAACCAGAUCACAUUGAAGUGACAAAGAAGCAAGAUCUACAUUCUGUGCUAGAUUGUAUUGACACUGGCAUAAUCAAUCAGGUGGCACAACCACAACAUUCUUCUUACCUUAAUGUAAAAGCAUCUCUUGAAAAAGUCUUUGAUUGCUUGUACAAUCAGCUAUUUUUACCUUGUUACAAUGAUCCCAAACCUGACAAAAAGGACCAAGUGUUGUAUCGUGUGCUACAGAGAAAUUUCACUAGAGUCAUUGAUCAUGUCAUUGAAAGAGCUACACACAUUAACCUCCAAGCUACAGCUGUGGAUUUCAUCAGGAUUGUGACAUCACAUUUGAAGGAAAUCAAGCAAAAUCCCAGGAGAAUGUCAAGCUUGAUGAGACAUGACGAGAUUACCUUUUUGAGAAAAUGCUCUAAGACUUUCAUUUCUGAUCUGCCUGUUCUCGAUCGUCAGGUGAAUGAUGCUCAAGAGUUGCUGACCGAAAUUUUGGCAUUUAGAGUGCAGUCCAUUGUAAAUUUGAUGUCAGAUCCAGAUUUUAUCAACCAGCGGCUUAUCAGUAUCUUGAGUGACUCUGAAUGUGAAGUGUCAAAUCAGCAACAGUUUGCAGUUGAAAUGCAUGGCAACUUUCCACAGAAGACAGGAGAUGAAACUGAGCAAACACCACCACCUGAAAAGCAGGUUAAGGUUGUGCCAAAGAAGAAACGUAAAGAAAGAAUUAAGAAGUUUGCAAGAAGGUUUACAAAUGGAUUAUUCAAAAGUAAACGUAACCGUGCACAACCUGUUCAGCUUUCAGGCACAUGUAUGCUUCAGGAUGCUGACAUCGAGUGUGAUGGCAUGGAAUCUACUAAUAAUUUUAAUUGUCAGUUCAUUAGCUGUACUACGGAAAGUUUGCAUAUGGCUUUUACUGAGGAGAGUGACAUCGAGUGUGAUAGUGUGGAAUCUGCUGAUAGUCUUGAUUUUGUUCACUCUGUCUGGCAAGGGGAAAAUUGGACGAUGACGGUUACUGAGCUGUCUUUGGAACACAAAGAGCUCUCUUGCACACUUCGCCUCCAAAGAAGAGACGGCAUUACUUACUUGGAUCUGAAAAAGUCACUGAACGAUCUUGAAAAUCUUCGGAGAAGUACUAACCAGGUUUCUUUUCCAAAAUUAAUUUAUGGACUUUGCACGAUCCAAGGGAACCUACCUGAUGAGUUACUAGAAGAAGCAAAAGCAGUGCUUAAUAUAUUCUUAUUGGAAUUAAAUGAAAAAGAACAAUACAGAAAUGAGAUAUUUAAGUUUCUAUUUUCUGAAGAGGAAAGCGUGGAGAUGAACAACAUUUUAGGUGACUUGUUUUUCAACAAUGACUUUGUAAGUGAAGACACGGAAGAUGAAAAUAAAGGGGAGAAAGAGAGCGACAGCUCACUAGAUUGCAAUUCUGAGGAUUUAUUCAGUCAAGAGAAUGACUUGCAAACGGAUGCUGUGCCUUGCUUUGAAGAGACUCGGCUUGAGUUUAGACCAAUGAUGUCAGCUUAUUGUACAGAAUCCAAAAGGUUAUGUUUAAAAAAGUCAUCUCCAAGAAAAGCAAAACUAAGAAAAAAACAGCAUUAUGUUGAUAAAAAAAGACUCUUGGAAAAGGAAGCAUUCGGUGCAGUGCUUGACCUUGUCAAACAAAUAUGUGAUUCAAAACUGUCCCGUAUGAUUCUGUUUAUUGCAGGGAACCUUAAAAUCAUUCCUGAAAAAUUCACAAAUAUAUGGAGUUAUGUUAAUGUUGAUGAGAAAAUAAUUGAGUCAUACAUUGACUCUCUUAGAGAUGCACUCUGGCCUAAUGGUUUGCCACAAGAAACCUGUCCUGAAAGAACACCUGAAGAGAAAUUAAAAACUAAAGAAGAAGUACAGAAUUUGCUUCAUGAAAAGUUAAAUACUUACAGUGGUAAUAAGUUGUAUGUUUUAGUGAAAUCCAGGAAUAUCACAGAGGGGCUUGCGUUUCUUCAAAAUGCUGAUGACAACAAGCUACUGCUUUAUAAAUUGCUGUUUCAUUUCUUAAAUAUAUUCAUACCGGAAAACAAAAUUCUGUCAACUGAAAACAUACCCUGGAUAAAUGCUGAAGACUACAACCAAUGAAAACCAAAAUGAGCAUCUUAUCUGUGCCAAAGAUAGCGCUCCGCUGUACCUAUGAGGAAAUAACAACUGCUGCAGUACCUCUCACGAGGGAAAUACAACACUCUACUGCUAUAGGCAGGUGUGAACACGCAGUGUGUGUUAAAAAGUCCUAGCAUAUUUAAAAUGGCAAAAGUGUAUAUGUUAACGUUAUUUUAUGAAAUAUACAAAUUUCUUUAUAGGUGAUUUUCUUUUUUUUUCACAAGCUCAAAAUCAGGAUUUUAUUACACUAGUGAGUUGGUUCUUUAUUUUGCCUCAGAAGAGCUGGGUCUGUCAGGCUAUGUCAGAUGUCCAGCAAUAGUACACUGGAUAUAUGUCACAUACAGUACUUGUUGGAUCUUUUGCUAUAAUGGGUACAUGGCUGAAAUAAAAUCAGGGAGCUGGGGAAUUCACUACAUUGGACAGAAUUUACAGUCAUGUUUCAGUAACCAUUUUGAAACUUUACUACCAAGUUACAAGGAGCAAAAUCUGUGAAAAAGCCCAUUUAGAGAUGGAUUCUUUAUUACCAUCUGAUAUAAAAUCAUUAGUAACAAUGUUUAGAAAUGUAGCACUUGUAGUUGUUUGUGUGUGUAUGCCACUCAUGGAGACCUGAAGUGUGCUAUGAAAAUACAUCCCUUCAUCAUUAAAUUGCCAUUUUGCAUUUGUGA